AUGCCUCCUAAAAAGCGCGUCCAAAAGAAAGCUCUCCAGCUGGGUUGUGAAUGGGCUUCUUGCCAAGAAUCCUUCAGUCAGAUGGAAAACUUCUGUAAACACGCAGAAAGUCAUCUGUCAAGUCCGGAGGAAGGUGAAGAAGCAGGAGAAGAGGAGAGGAGCUGUCUCUGGAGAGACUGUGGUUUCUGCUCUGUUGAUGGGUUUGAAGAACUUCGACGACACCUCCUGUUCCACUGUUACCACACCAAGCUGAAGCAGCUGGGUCAGCAGGUCCUAGAUGCUCAGCCUCCUGAGCUGGGCAGCUGCUCCAUCGCCUACCACAACCGCAACGUCAUCCCAGACAUCCCCGACAACUUCAUCUGUCUGUGGGAGGAAUGUGAGCAACCACCGUAUGAAAACCCUGAGUGGUUUUAUCGCCAUGUGGAGAUGCACACGCUGUCCAUCGAAAUACCAACCGGAAACUCUGAGAUCCCAGUUCGCUGUGGCUGGAAAGAUUGUGAAGCGACAGCUAAAGGUCGCCCCAAGCUGCGGGAGCACCUGCGCAGCCACACUCAGGAGAAGGUCGUGGCGUGUCCAGGCUGCGGGGGCAUGUACGCCAACAACACCAAAUUCUUUGACCACAUCAUCCGACAGAGCGCUAUGGAAGGCCAGAGGUUUCAGUGCUCUCACUGCUCCAAACGAUUUGCAACAGAAAGACUUCUGAGGGACCACAUGAGGACCCACGUAAGCCACUACAAGUGUCCUCUGUGUGACAUGACCUGCCCGUCGCCUUCUUCACUGCGCAGCCACAUCAAGUUUCGCCACAGUAACGAGAAGCCGUACAGCUGUGAAUACUGUGAAUACAGCUGUAAGAAUCUGAUCGACCUGCGUAAACACCUGGACACCCACAGCAGUGAUCCUGCGUUUCGCUGUGACGUGCCUGGAUGCAGCUUCAGCUGUCGCACGCCCAGCACCAUGAAGAUUCACCAGCAGAAGGAGCACGAGAAGAGUUUUACAGCUCGCUACAAGUGUCACGUGUGUGGUCAGUGUUUCACCAGAGGCGACAGCCUCACGAUUCACCUGCACAAAAAGCACCAAUUCAAAUGGCCCUCUGGACACCCCCGGUUCAGGUACAAAGAGCACGAGGAUGGCUUCAUGCGACUGCAGCUGAUUCGCUACGAGAGCGUGGAGCUGACGGAGCAGCUCAUGAGAGAAAAGCAGAAGAGGCGAGCGGAGAAUGGCGACGACAACGGCGAUAGUAACCACGCUCAGAGCCAAGAGCUGGAGGAGGAGUCUGCCACGGUGUCGGCUGCUUCAGAGGUGCAGGAGGAGCUCAGAGGGGUGCUGCUGGAGGAGCAGAGGACUGAGGAGCCUCAGGAGGGGGACAUGCUGUGUGUCCUAACAAAGGACUCCAUUUUAAUGCAGCUUCAGGAUACAGCGCAGCAGCAAGGGAAGCUAGUGGACUGA